AUUUCAUUUUUAUAAAAAAGGAACCUUUCACAUCAAUUAAUCUCUCAUCCAUUAAGCUCACAAGUCACGAUGGCUUCUUUUGCUACUCUUAUCUCCCUUCUCACAAUAACCCUUCUCUCAUUUUCCUGCUCAUCACAAUUCAUCUUACCAAUUGAAAAAGAUCCAUUAACCAAUCUCUUCACCACUUCACUUAACAUAGGAACACCUAAACACAAUUUCAAUCUAGUCAUUGAUCUUGGAGGACCAAUCUUAUGGUAUGAUUGCAACAAAAACUAUAAUUCUUCAACCUACAUUCCUCUCUCUUGUAAUUCCAAACUUUGCUCUAAUGAUGCUGGUUGCAUUAGCUGCAAUGGCCAUUUCAAACCAGGUUGCACAAAUAACACAUGUGGUGCUAACAUAAUCAACUCAUUAGUUGAUGGUAUUUUUUCAGGUGACACUGGCAAUGAUGUUUUGUUCAUAUCAAACACUAAAAUCUCAAAUAUACUUUCUGGGUGCACUGACUCAGAUGGAUUUACUAAUAAUUUUCCUCUUGAAAACUUACCAAAAUAUAGUAAAGGUAUAUUAGGCCUUGCAAGAACAAAACUUUCAUUACCAAAACAACUUUCAUUAUCUUCAAAAAAACUUCCUAACAAAUUUGCUCUUUGUUUACCAAGUUCUAAACUUGGUAGACUCUUCAUUGGUGGGGUACCCCAAAAAAGUACUUUUUUUUCCAAGUAUGAACUCACUACUAUUCCUCUUAUCAUCAACCCUUUUAGCACUGCUCCAAUAUUUACUCAAGGUGAAGCUUCUUAUGAGUAUUUUAUAGAUGUGAAAUCAAUUAAAGUUGGUGGUGAAACUCUUAACUUUAAGUCUUCUCUUUUGUCUAUUGACAAUAAGGGUAAUGGUGGAACAAAAAUCACCACAUUGAAGAAUUUUACAGUGUUACAUAGUUCAAUAUAUAAUCCACUUGUUAGAGCUUUUGUUAAGAAAGCUUCUGAUAAUAAGAUAAAGAAAGUGGCCUCAGUAGCACCAUUUGAAGCAUGUUUUGAUUUAAACACUAUUUAUAGGACUAAUACUGGAUUUGCUGUGCCUAUAAUUGAUUUGGUGUUUGAUAGAGGUGUGGAUUGGAAAAUAUUUGGUGAUAAUUCAAUGGUUUUGGUGAAUAAAAAUGUUGCAUGUCUUGGAUUUGUGGAUGGUGGUAAAGAGCCACAAACAGCUGUUGUUAUUGGUGGACAUCAAUUGGAAGAUAAUCUAUUGGAGUUUGAUUUGGUUUCUUCUAAAUUAGUAUUCAGUUCUUCACUUCUCCUUCGUGAUGCAAGAUGUUCUGAUUUCAAAAACUAAUUUGUUUCCUAUUUCAAUUGAGUGAGAUUAUGAGUUGAAAUAACUUUAGUAAGAUGAUGAUUGUAACUUUUUUCCAAUUCCUUUCUCUUAAUGCUUGUAGCUUAUGUAUUGUUGAUUGAGAAUCAAUGAAGGAACUUGGAUUACAUGUUGUAA